GCUGUCAGACGGAGAGGGGAUGCUCCCGGGAGAAGAAGGUGCCAGACUGAAACACAAUUCACUUCUAUUUUGACGUCGAGAGUGUUGUGAGGUAGCGUACGUGGUGGAGCAGGAGUAGUGGUUCCUCGACGGUCGGCCGUGUGCGUCUGCAGGACAGGGCCGUGCCCGCGCCCGUGGCCUCGGAGCCCGCGCACUUGCCGAGGCGUCGCCCUGGACAGCCCGCCGCGCCGCCCCCCGCCGCAAGCGCCAGCAGCGGGUAGCAUGGCGCCGGACUUGACGUCCGCCAGACGGCGCCUGUUGCGCACGCCCAAGUGCGCCCGGUGUCGCAACCACGGCGUCAUCUCCUGCCUCAAGGGCCACAAGAAGCUCUGCCGCUGGAAGGAGUGCCGCUGCGCCGCCUGCCUGCUCGUCGUGGAGAGGCAGCGCGUCAUGGCGGCGCAGGUCGCGCUGCGCAGGCAACAGACGCACCAACAAUCGGGCGCCCACCAUCCUGGCCACGGCGGCUGCCCCAACCCCCGGCCGCCGCCGGCCAGCCAGCUGCAGGCGCUGCAGGCCCUGCAGGCGCAAAAGAGGCUGUACCAGCGGCAGCUGCGCGUCGUACAACAGUCAGCUGCAG